CCGCGCAGAGCUUGAGGUGCACAGUGGCUUUCUCCGCAGGGCCCUGCAGCUAGUGAGCCACAGUGCCGACCGGGAGAUGGUGGAAGGACCAGGCUGUACUCUAAAUGGAGAGAAAAUUCGGGCGCGAGUGCGCCCGGGCCAGGCGGUGACGGACUUGCGGGGAAGCGCCCUGCAGAGCCUGGGUGUGGGCUCUUCCCAGGCUGCUGCACUGAAUAAUAAUAAAGAUUCCAGCCAGAACUUCUCGCGACUGUUUAACGGACACGUUUACAGUGGUGUACAAACUUUGGGGAAAGAGCUCUUUAUGUACUUUGGACCAAAAGCUUUACGGAUUCAUUUUGGAAUGAAAGGCUCCAUCAUGAUUAAUCCACUGGAGUGUAAAAAUAAAAAUGGAGUUUCUCCUGUUCUUGAAGUCCAGCUCACCGAAGAUCUCAUUUGUUUCUUUGACUCAUCGGUAGAAUUCAGAAACUCUACAGAAAGCCAACAGAGAAUAAGAAUGAUGGAAGAAUUAGAUGUAUGUUCGCCUAAAUUUAGUUUCUCAAGAGCAGAGAGUGAAGUUAAAAAGCAAAAAGGACGGAUGUUGUGUGACGUGUUAAUGGACCAGAAAGUAUUGCCUGGGGUGGGGAACAUCAUCAAAAAUGAAGCUCUCUUUGACAGUGGCCUCAACCCAGCUGUCAAAGCUUGUCAGUUAACAGAUGAACACACCCAUCACCUUGUGAAAAUGAUACGUGACUUCAGUGUUCUUUUUUACAGGUGCCGGAAAACUGGAUCUGUUAUCUCUAAACACUAUAAGGUUUACAAGCGUCCUAACUGUUUUCAGUGCUGUUGCAAAAUAACUGUGUGUCGCUUGGGAGAGAAUAACAGGAUGACAUAUUUCUGUCCUCGCUGUCAAAAAGAAAAUCCUCAACAUGUUGACAUAUGCACUCUGCCAAGGAGAAACACUACGGUCACCUGGCCAUCCAGCAGAGGGGACCAUGUGGCUCGGAAAUCCGAAGAGCAGUGGACGUGUGUGGUCUGCACGCUCAUAAACAGGCCGUCUUCGAAGGCUUGUGAUGCUUGCCUGACUUCAAGACCUAUCGAUUCAGUAAUCAGCAAUGAAGACAAUUCUAUUGCGUUUGACAGCUUAGUGAAGUAUCCUUGUAAUAGUUUUGGAAAACCAAGUACAGAGGUGAAGGUCAACAGGAGAACAGUAUUUGGAACUACAACCCUUGUCUUGACUGAUUUCAGCAAUAAAUCCAGUGCUUUGGAAGGAGAAACAAGCCAAAGUGGGAUGCUAGAUAGAGAAUUUCAAAACUCUCCUCCGACUAACGUGUGUUUUAGGGAUCCACUGCACCCCUCCAAGGAGAGAGCAAACCAUAGAGCUCAACCAUCUAACAGAGUAAACGGAUCACCUACGGCCUGUUCUCAGUCCAAAUUAUUUAGUCCAGCCUAUAAAAAGUUAAAAACAACCCACUCCUCAUCACCAGACCUCAAAAGCCGUAGCCCUGGAUUUUCUAACAGUGAACUUGGAAUUAACAUGACAGAUGGUACCUGUGCAUUAAAUGCUGGCAGUCCUCGCUGCGGUAAACACAAGCGCCUGUGUGUUCUACGAGUUGUGCAGAAGGAUGGCGAAAACAAGGGCAGGCAGUUUUACGCUUGUCCUCUACCUAGACAAGCGCAGUGCGGAUUUUUCCAAAACCUUUGGUGUAUGCCCUGGAGAGAAGUACACGGGGAAAAAUCACAGACAAACCUUGGAUUUACAGUAAACAUAGUGAAUCCUAUCACACAAGCUUGCACAAUAACAAUUUAGAUGUAGGGUGAUUCCUCCCCCCUUGCCGUUCUGGGAGCGUGUCCCUGGAAGUGAAGACAGGACAGGACCCUAGAGUCUGGAGUCCGUCUUCCUCCGACUCACCUUCUGUGUUUCUCAGAAUGUGAGUCUCUCACUAUGCUGACUGUGGUUUCAAUGUUUAAAUACAUAUUUCUCCAACCAACUGCUACAUCUGGUGCAUAACAGCAAAUACUGAUCUGUCUCAGUGCUGGAGCAAAAAUUUUCUGAUUGGGCUUACUGAGCUUGAAAACCUCUGUCUUCAGUGUGGUACCUUCCUAAGGAAUUUUCCAAGGAAAACUGGAUCAUGACUGGGUCUGAACCCCUGCAUGAGCAGUGACUGCAUCCUACUGAACUGACAACAUUCCCUCAAGGAGCUUUCGUAGACAUAAUGGAAAAAAUACUAGGUAGAAAAUUAAUAUUACAGCCUGCUUUAUAGUUCCCUUGAGGCCAACUUUUGUAAGAGUAAUACAAUGGAAUCUGCCUAAAUUCAUCCAUGUAAUUCUGUAUUGGAUUCUUUUUAUUCCUAAGAGAUGAAGGAAGGAAGUUGAGUAUUAAAAUCAUAACAAAUCUUUGAUCUUAAUCGGUUUAACAUAGCAGAAGCACUGGUGAUGGCUUUGCAGCAAGAUGCUGAUCGUUCUCAAUUAUUUUCAGUAAAGCAAGAGAACCCCUGUAAACAUGUCUGUAGACAAAGAGAAGCUGAGCGUUUUGGCAGUUUUUUGUGUCAUUCAAGCAAAUUUGCAGGAGAGAUGCUUCGUACAGGAUGCGAGCUUUUUUCAAGGGCAAGCACUAAUGACUUCUGUCUAUUUUCCAAUGUCAGAUUAACAGUGGCAGGGAACACGGGAUGCGCUAACCAGAUGCACCCAGGCUUAGGCUGUACGUGUUUCUAACCUGCAUCCAAACUUCCCAAUCCUUCUGU